CCGCUGCGCGCCGCAGGCCGUCCGGCGCUACUGAAAAUUCGUAACCAUCGCUGUCUCUCAGGUAGGGAGUGGUCAAUGCCAGGUUGGAGGCAUUAGUCGAUCGUAUGCGUUUACGACUCUGCUGCAAUGCCGCACAAUCCAGUCACCAAUCAGUGGUUGCUAUAUGACGCAAGGAAGGACAAGUCAGAAGCGCGAUGGACCGAUGUCUUGGUCUGCUAGAUGAACAAACACACGAGCUGCGCGCCGGACGCUCGAUCAAGCCUUUCUCCGCCGAGAUUUGCGAUGCUCACCUCGAACAACGAAGGCUUGUUGGGCAACUGUGGCAGCUGCGGCAGACACGCCUUGCGCGAGGUCAUCCGAUAGGCGUUCUUUCAGAUGCGAUGCAGCUGGCUGGCGAGCAGACUGCAGCAAAACCGAGUUUCUCGCCAUCGCUGAAAGGCAGUGAACCGAAGGCAGGUCAGCUGCUCUCGCAUUUGUACUCGCAACGAGCGCCGCAAGCGCAGUACAGUAGAGUAAAUUACAGAACAGCCUCGUCGGGUACAGUCCAGUCCAGUACAGCCUCAUCGCUACAAGGAUAGAGGUGAUGGUGGCCGUCUACGAACGUCGUCGCUACUCGUCAAGACUCGGGGCCCGGCCACUUACAUCUGCGCUAAAGUCCUCAGGCUCUCUACAAACCUCACUUUUAGAUUCAGCUCGAUCUAUCUACAUAUACAUACACACACACACACACGCGCGCGCGCGUUACAUCGACGAUCAAGUGU